UCUUAAAUAUACACGUUUUGGAAAUGUACGAUGCGUUCGCAUUGCUUUUCGCUUUAAAAUGGCUGUAAAUCGACUCUAGUCGUAAAAAUGUCAAAUGUACACGGGCGAAGUAACACUUGGGGGUCCUGGCUCCAUCGUUGUUUAUUAUGAAAAAAAGGACUACAGAGACGAAUGAACAACAUUCGCUGGUCUCAAGUAAAGCCUUAUGUUUAUGAUAAAAGAACCUUAAUUUUCCCUUCUUUUCGAAACACGUUUCAAUACAUACAUUGGUCCAGAUAAUUAUUCAUCAGCGUUAUUUACAGCCAAGUUACGUGGUUAGAAGAAAACGUGGUCAGAAGAAAAAACCAUUGCCUGUCAAAGAGAAGAAAACAGCAAAUUUUAGAAAUUUAAAUUUUAUGAGGUUUUUUUCGCAAAAAUAAAGUUUUUAGCAUAAUCAGUCGGAUUCGUCUGCAUAUAAAACUUACGUAACAAUUUAAACUGUAUUAUGUAAGUGUAAACAGUGACACAAGAUGGUCUUGGAGAAUAAGAUAAAACAUUAAGACUAAUCCCAUGUAGAUUUUCCUGCAAAGCCCUUUCGUAUAGCGAGUAGUGGACAUGAACAUCUGUUAAUUGCACUGGAAGUCAAUUAAUUUUGUGCUGGAUGCUCAGUUGAAAGUAUUCGAGUGGACGAUUAUACUCAGCAGCAAAACUGGUUAGGUUAUUAUGUGUACCUACAACGAUGUAUUGUAAUGGCUGGGGAUGGUUCAUUAUAACUAAUUGUUAGAUUCUGUGUCCGGAUGCAGAAUAUCUUCUAAACAUUGUAACAGGGUGUUAAGAUGCAUUCUUGAUUGGCAAGAACUCAUGUUGUGAAUCGAUUACUUUUCGGGUAUGAAGGCAUAAUGCUUAUGGCUACUUUUUGAAAAAAAGUAACGUGCAGUGCACCUAAAUCGUCAUUUUGCUACUUGGUCAAUUUGAUACCGCGUACCGUUGAGUUGGAUCUUAAUUCUAUCUUAAAAAUGUUAUAAAACUUUAUUCACUUUAACAAAUCUGGCAAGCUAAUUAGUUACAUUUUUAACGACAGGUUAGUUAUGCUUCUUGGUAAAUUGAAUGAGCGUUUGAAGGCUUUAUCAAUUCUUGUUGGGAGUUUUAGUGCUUUUAAAGCGGGUUUCAGUUAAUCAUAUAACAUGCUGUACUAGAAACAGACUAAAUGUGUGAGUAUAACAGCAGCACCUGAAAUCUAACUGAUGUAUUUAACAUUUAUUUAUACAGAGGGAUUAAAAGGUACAGUCUUGCUAUCAAAUUCAAAUGCACAAUAGAAAGCAGAGGUUGCUAGAAUUCUUAGAAUAGAGUUUGCAUUCAAAUAAAUCGUAUUACCGAAUAGUUGUGAUUUCUGUAUUUUUCAAAGAUGAUGCGAUUAAUUUCUGCUUAAUUUGGUGUCUUAGCUAUCACAAUGUUCGUUAUUUUAUGCAAAUCAAUUUUAAAGCGUCUGAAAAACUAACAGGAGAAUAUUUCAUUAAAUAAGCCGUUUUACAAUCGAACAAUUAUGAUAGUGUAUUUUAAUUAAGAUUUAUUAGGCUAAGAAUCUCAACUGAUUACAUAACGUUCAUGCAAUAUAUACAUCUGCAGUAAAGGGAGAAAAUCCUCUACUGCCGCCUUAGUAAUUUAUCACUUCGGCAUAUACUUUGAGUUCAUACUAGCCUCUGCAGAAAGAUAUUCGCUUUUAUCGAACACUUUAAAAUAUUCGUGUUUCAUUGAAAUAAACCAAAUAUUUUCAAAAAUUCUUGCAAGCGAUGAACCUUAGAAUGCCUUUGACAUCAUCCUUGCACUAAAAAGAACAAGCUUGUGCAAUGAACUCUGGUAAUUAUUGUCUCAACUGUCUUCGUUUAUCCCCGAGAAUGUACUGAAACAUGUUGUUUGGUGCAGAAGCCUUCUUCGAAAAGAGUAAACUAUUCCAGACAGUAGCGGAUCUCUAUUGAACACCGUCUUCUAAUGGUUUCUGCGUCAACAUGUAUUUGCAAAAUUUGCAUUCGAUAAAACAUCGUAACACCAUAAUCUAUUUUGGAUGAUUUUAAACUGAGCGUUUUCCUGGUUUUUCCAAUUUCCCCCUUUUUAUGCGACAAAAUCAUUUCAGGGGAAAACGAGAUUUUGAAUGAUAAUAUGGAUUUUUUGACUGGACUCCAUGCAUUCAUCAUUGGUGUAUUUCCUUAUCCGGGACCCACGAGCACUCAUCCUAUUGGCUGUUUGCAUCACAUGAACAGCUAACUUUAUACACUUGACAGCAAGUAGGAGGGUUUUAUGGAACAGAAAAACGACAACGCGAGAAAAAUUAGUAUUUUGCACUUCAGAAAUUAAUGACCAUGAGUUCGUUUUUGAUAAACUCCAACUACGUUGAGCCAAAAUUUCCACCUUGUGAGGAAUAUUCUCAAAAUAACUACAUACCAAGCCAAUCUCCUGAAUACUACGAGCGGCCGCGGGACCCUGGAUUCCAUCAUGAGGCACUAUACCCACAAUCAAACUACCCAGAGCCGACCUACAGCUUCAACAAUGUCCAAGGCACUGGCAACCAAGACAUGUCGCAAAGGGGUCAUGUGCAGUCGCAGGCUAGCCUCCAAAAUCACAUACCGAGACAGAAUCAGCUUUGUGAAGUGGUCCCAGUAGCCACACCAGCUUUGUGUAGCCAGAAUGCGAAAAAUCCCAGUGCCCAGAAAGGUACUCUCAGCAAAGAGCCCAUAGUUUACCCGUGGAUGAAGAAAAUUCACGUUACAACCGUGAACCCAAGUUACACUGGAGGAGAGCCCAAACGGUCUCGAACUGCUUACACGAGACAACAAGUAUUAGAGCUGGAGAAGGAGUUCCAUUUUAACCGUUACCUAACCAGGCGUCGACGCAUUGAGAUUGCACACACACUUUGCCUGUCUGAACGCCAGGUGAAGAUCUGGUUUCAGAACAGAAGAAUGAAAUGGAAGAAAGAUCACAAACUGCCUAACACUAAGAUGCGUUCUGCUAGCUCAUCAUCUUCUACAAGCCAGCAAACACAAGUAUCCUCCCAGGGCCCACAGCCAGAUGGUUCAACACCAAAUUCAUCAAGUCUAUAGCUGCUUCGUCUCUCCAACCCUUUUCCCACAAUAUAGUUUGGACCAAAAUGUGUUUGCCACAUUACUGACUUGAAUGAGGUGGGAUUUCUUGCAGCGAAGUUUUUUUCCAGGGUAGGUGCUGUUAACCCCAAAAGGGACAAACAUUACUGUUCUAUUAACUCACUCCCUGCAGACUUUCAGAGUGUUUUCUGUUUGCUAGGAUACAUUCGGCACCCUUCAUUACCUCCACAUGAACCGAGAUAACGUUCUAUCAAAGUGGCUUCUUCCCUGAUAAUUCAAAGCAAAAGGAGAAAAAAGGACAGUGAAUAAUAGAUAUUGUAAGGAACUGUAAGCGUCAUAAUCACAACUAGUGUAGUCUGUUGGAAUAUUUGUGAGAAUUUAAGAAUAAGUCUGUUUUAGAAAAUGAGAAAGGCAGCAAUAUAUGUGUAUGUGGAACAUGGUUUUAGAGCAAAUAAACUGUCCAGAUGCUACAUAUAUAGGAAAUAAAUUAUGUCGCCAGCGCUAUUUAAGGUGUCUUAUUUUAAACCUGUAUUCUCUAUAUAGUCGUGUUACUGAUUUCAGUAUAACGAAUGUGCAAGGAUCUUAUACAGAGAUUUCAAAUGAGUGGUUGUAUAUUUAACAAUUUUGGUACAGUCCAAACUGUGACGAAAUCAUACAAAUCAUUGGUAAGAUUUGAUUAUUUUUUGUGGAUAUUUCAGUGUGCUAUGUGCAGUGCCAAAUGUUGCUAAAACGAAAGACAAAAAUUGCAGUGUAAAAUGAAGCCACAGGCUUUAAAUAAAAUGUUAAUUCGUGGACCAGCUCAGUUUUUAUGUGUACAAAUUACUUCCAGUCAGGAUUUUGCGAACGCUCAGCGAAUUGUUUUCUCGAAUCCGUAACGGGGCUAUGCGUUUAACUGAUUUGCUUUCAGUACAUUGUUGUUCACAUUCCUAUUUUCAAAAUAAAACCUUCUAACUCCUCCUCCAAGGUCCCUCAACAACCUUUCCCGCUGCCCCCACUCCCUCCCCCUUCACAUACACAAGCAGCAAAAUAUUUCAUGUGGUUCUGUAGAAUAAGUGGGCGAAAGAGGAUAAAUUACUGCAUGGAUCUACAAUUCGUCUUUCUACAGCCUUUCCACAUCAAGUUCUACGUCACCCAGUCGUAAAUAAUGCAGUAAAAUGUGAGGCUAUCAAAUAAUAACUCAUCGAUAAGGUGGCAAACCCAGCUUUGUUAUAGCCAUAGAUUGUACA